ACAUCAAAGUACGUGUAAGUACUGGCUAGGUAAAAUAUGAAAAAACAAAUUCAAGCCAUCCUGUAAAGUCUCACAUUGUGAAAGACAAUUCACAAAACUGUGAAUUAAAGCAUGCAGAAAAGUUUUUAACAUGAAAUACUUAAUCACGAAAGAUUGAGCAUAUAUGACAAAAACACAAGUAUCAGUAGAUUGUCGCGUCUAAAUAAAUCAGAAGUAUGACAUUUACAGGUGGGACUUUAAUUACAACUCAGAAAAUAAUUUUGUUAAAUAUGUAUAGAUUUUUUUCCAUUUUCUUCUUAAAUCAUCACAUUUAUAAAAACAUUUUCUGCAUUUAAAAAAAUGCCUAGAAAGUUUAUGUUUCAAAGGUUGAACAUAUGUUCUGUUUGCUGUGAAAUUGUAGCUUUAUGUAUCAAAUACUUUCAAGAUAUAUUUUUGGAGAAAUGGUCCAUUUAUCCAUUUUCAGGCCUUUUUUUUUUGCACAUUGAAAUCUCAGACAAUGUUUGAAUAUGAUUAUCUCAAAAGUGAUUAAAGAUAAAAGCCUGAAAUUUUCAUGCUGGAUUGGGGAAACAUAACAAGUUUUACCACAAAAACAAAAUAUGAGCAGAUAGUUUAAUCCAAAUAGAACAAAUCUCUGUUUUGAGUUUUUGAUCAUCUGAUUUGAGAUGGAACGACAAGUUGUGAUGAAAACUUUGGAAAACCUUUGGAAAUGAGAGCUAGAUAGUAUCUUGUUUGUUGGCUGGUUUUUGUUUUUGCCUUCUGAACACAGGUAGAGUGUUUUUGUAGCACAGUUCAAACUACCUUCACUAAACGUGGUGCCUUUCCACCUGUUGAUUCUGACUCAGAAGUCCCAAGUGGGCUGCAGAGGUAGAGCAGCUACUUUAAUGGUACUUCUUUGGGAAUGAAGUGAGUUUAGUAGAUUGUUUUUUGCAGCUCUCCCUCAUUCCGGUGAUUGCUCAGUGCCUAUGGCCAUUGGUAUAGAGAGAGGGUGGAAGUAGAGAGGGGUGUAAGGCUUAGCCCCUACUUUACAGGGUCAGACCCUGCCCCAGGUGCACAUGGGGAAGCACUUAUUUGCUCUUUUUUUUUGUUCCAUAUCUCAGAAUCUUUCACUUUCUCUCUUAUAUCCCUUUAUCCACAAACCCUCCACCCAGUGGGGUUGUUCUGAUUUCCCAUGCAAUGUCAUGCACACAGCUAUGUGCUUUUGGGUUUAAAUGAGUGUUAAGAUCAUUAGCUACGGUGUGGUCUGCACUCACUGCGCCCUCAUCGCCAUUUGAGCCGUGCAGUUUCUCUUUGAUACCACAGUUUUAUUGCUGUACUAGACAAUAUCCCUUGAUUCUGAGCUAACUGUGUUUCUCCCUGAGCUCCAUAGGCAGACCUGGUACACUCAUCAAACACCAAGUUGUCUUUGGCAGCUGCUGUGACAUUACUCUACCUGGUCAAGAACAGAGAAAGUUAUUCUACACCAGCUUUAAAUUACAACUAUGGGACUAUUUUUGUCAGGCAUUUGGCUCCCAGUGGAGACCACUUUUGAGGCAAACACGCCUGUUUUUCUGUUGCACACUGGUCUGCAUAAAUCUCCAAAAAUAAUAGCCCACUUCUAUUUUUUUUAAAUACUGAAAGUUAAGCUUCCAAAUGAAGACUGAAUACGUGUGUGUUCACCAUCAGUCAGUCUGCUGUUUUAUGUGUCUCGCAGACGAUAUGAAGUGGCUCGAAAUAAGCUGUCCUGCUCCGAAGGAAACAAGUUAAAAACUGACAGAUAUCAAUGUUUACAUCUUUGGACAGGGCAUCAGAGCUUUAUCAUCACCAUAAAUUCUUUGCUGGUGUUAGGAUACCAUGCCCAAAGGCCAGCAAAUGUGUGACUCAGGUGAUGCGAUAUGACCCUGCCCUGCUAAUCCUGUUGAAGACCAGUUCGAGUGCUGGUGCUCACAGGGACAGGAGGAUCAGAGUGCCUACAGCCAAGGUGGGACUUAAUAAAGACAUGGACCGCUGUCACAUGCAACUGAAGCGAAAAAAAUCUUAAGGUGGUGACACGUCACUAAAAUGGAGCCGAACAAAGAGAGAAACGAGGUGUAAUUUUAAAAAGUAAGUUACCUGCCAGCAGCUGUCACAUUAUUCUUGCUUUUUAUUACCGCCCAUUUACCAGCUAAAACUGCAGAGAGUGAGAGAGUUUGUCCAAGUUGUCAGGAAGCUGCUUUUGCAGCGGUAUGUCAGCUCAGUGCAUCCCCCUUCAGCUCAAUAUGUCUUCUGGCCUUUCUCCUCCGCUCUCUGCCUCCCACCCCACCCUCUUCUCCCCGCAUAUGGGAUUCACAUUUGGCUCCACUGACCGUUUUUUUAAUGUGAUAUUAUGAUACAUUAUCUGAAGCCAUUUACUCCCUGUCACCACCUCUCAUGUGGACACAAGCCGAGUUAAGCCAAGGAGAGGCAGUCAGACUCCAGUCCAGGUGAGUUAUGACCAUUUAAUUUGACACCAUUCACAGCCGGCCCGAUCUUUUACAAUGCCUGAAAGUGCAAUCAAAACACAAACACAAAACACUUACGUGUGCUUCUCGCUCUCACUCUCUAGGAGCCCGUUGGUGGCAUAUAAGUUUUCACCCCCACCUCCUGCUGCUGGUUGUAAAUCCCCUCUGUCGAAGGUGUAUUUGUGCGAGAAAGAGAGGGAACAGAAGGCGAGAAAUUUGAGGGUCAGCUGAGGCCUUCCAGUGAGAGAGAGAGAGAGAGAGGUAGAAACAAGAGGAGAGAGGAGCUGGCUGGGAAACAACAGUUGAACAACAAAUCCAGUGUUGCAUGCAGCCUCUCCGGAUACCUCUGCUGUCUUUCUGCUGCCGGUCACUGAAGCAGGGCAGCGGGGGCUUAAUACCCGAGCUCCCCAUUGUGACUGCAGACAGGCCCAUCACUGGACAACAACUGUGUACUCAGCUGCCGCCAGGCAUAGUCUCUUAAGGUCCCGCCACAGCAUUUCAUUCGGGUUGAGGCGUAUACACAGGCGUUCCAUGGUUUACUCAGUGACUGUAAGGUGCCCAGGUCACGUGGCUGCAGAAGAAACUCAAACCAUCACCCCUCCACCACCAUGCUUGGCAUUUGGUACAGCUUUGCAAACCUAAGCUGUGGUGCCAUGUUCUCUACAGAGAGAAAAGAGGCUUUCUUCAGGCAACCUUUCCAAACCCUGAUGGAUUAAGGCAGCAGGGGAUGGAGCAGCCUGCCCAAGAAACCCUCCUACUACCUAAAGCUUGCUGAAUUUGAACCUAUAGUGAGCUGACAGGAACAAAGCAGAGUCAAAGAUAAUCUCCUUCUGUGCAGCCCUGUGACAGAACAGACUGUGUAAGGAGGAGGAAGAAAAGGAACUACGUUACACGUUGGACAUCCCGUGAGGAUCGAGACCCUCAGGGUGGCCCGAUCAUGAAACCUUCCAUCUCUGGGGGCUCCCCCUCUGGUCUUCUGCUGGUUCUAAUGUGCUGCCCCCUCCUGGGCUUGGUCCAUUCUGCCAGCAGCAGCAACAAGGCCAGCGAUAACGGACACGCACACCUGGGAGAUGCUGACCCAGACCGCUGCAUGAGGCAUCACUUUGUGGAGACCAUCACGCACCCAAUUUAUAAAUGCAACUCCAAGAUGGUGUUGCUGGCGCGCUGCGAGGGCCACUGCAGCCACACGACCCGCUCCGACCCCCUCAUCUCAUUCAGCUCAGUGCUCAAACAGCCCUUCAAGAGCACCUGCUCCUGCUGCCGGCCGCACACCUCCAAGCUGAAGGCGGUGAGGCUGCGCUGCACUGGCGGGACUCGCAUUACGGCCACUUACAGAUACAUCCUCGCCUGCAACUGCGAGGAGUGCAGCUGAGCCGACAGCAGCACCCUCCCAGACCCUCAAGACUCUCAAGAGCCGGCAUUUUUCUUGGCCACAGACCUUCCUCUCAAGCUGUCCAAAGCAUUUUGGUUGAUUAUUGGAUCAGAAAAUGGCCCCAGAGAUGCUGGUUGUUAACUUGUGAGUGAUAGUUUGGAGCAGUCAGAUCAGCCUCACGUGGGCCUUAAAAUUGACCUACAGCCCUUGGGACUCAGACAGAACAUACUAUACCCUCUCUAUUAUGUGCAUUCAAUCAGUACAAACAAUGCAAAGCAUAUUUCUUCAGCUCACAAGGCCAGACACCACAAACUGCAGCUCCCAGGAGCCUGCUGGAGACCCUCCUCGCUGCAGAGACACACUGCACUCAUUAUAAGCCUCCGUAAUUCAUAACACACACGCUCAAGAACCACAGAAUGAGAGCUCAUUGCAAAUAUCUGUAACAGCCUUCUCCCAGCUCCAUAAAAAAAAGAAAAAAAGAAAAAAAGCGUUUGACGACUAAACAAAAUGCCUCGUUAAAAAGCAGCAUGGGAAAGGACGAGCGGGUCUGCAUGAGCCCUGACAUGUGCUGGAUCUACAGUGGAGCACCUGCGCCGUGCUUACUCACCCAGUAACAUUUUACACACUCCCUGCAGACUUUCAUCUAGCUGUGUAAAACAUGACUGAUGCUGACAGGAGAGCUCAUCGAAUGAACAGUAAAAAAAAAAAAAAAAGUAGCAUAAGAGGAGCCCAGAGGAUGCAAGAAGACCACUGAUGAAGCUUUUAGCAGCCUCCGGGUCAGCGGCGUGGACUGUCAAUAGACUGCCGAGGGUAUCAGUGCUCAUUUAAAGUAUAACCUGUUCUACUUGGAUCUUUGUGAUGUUCAUGUUGACGUUAUUGUAACUGCCGCUACUAUCACGCCGGAUUGAUUAAACUUGCCGCUAUUGCCUGUAACGUAUUGUUAGUAAUGACAUGUCCUGUGUCCAACAUGAUGAAUACAGAACUUCGCACUCACUAUUCAUGCUCUGUGUGUGCAUUUGUGAAUGUGUGUGUGUGUGUGCCGCAGGCUCAUUUGCAAAACUUGUGGUCACUUUAUUUGAAUUGGAAAAACUGUGUUCAAAUUGAGCUUUUUCCAUCAUUAAGGCUUCAGUUUUUCUCAAACCACAAAGAAUUAAGAGCUCACGUUUAGAAUUUGAGCUGAAAUAAUGGGUGGUUUGGGGGUUUUUUGGAAGCAAAGAAAGACCAUGGUAGUUUGAAUUUUAAAUGUUCCUUUCUAAAUGCAUAGCAGUUAUCUUCACUGCUUUGGAGUAUGCUAAUUUAUGUCAUACAUGUUAAUUUAAAUCCUGUGUGUCUGGCAUAUACAGCAGGACGUUCUUUCUUUCUUCUUGUUUUGGCUGCUCCCUUUAGAGGGUCACUCCAGCAGAUCAUCUGCCUUCAUCCUAUCCCUGCAUCCUCCUCCGUCACACCAACCCUCUGCAUGUCCUCCUUCUUUACGACCAUCUUCUCCAUCUUCAACAUCCUUUGUCCAAUAUAAAGUAUCUACCAUCCCUUCUCUGCACAUUUCCAAACCAUUUUAAUCUCACCCAUCUAACUCUGCCUCCUGAGUUGUCCCUCCGAUGUACUCAUUUUCUAAUCUUGUCUAUCUUGAUCAUUCCUAAUAAAAAUCAUAACAUCUUCACCUCCUCCACCUGCAACUGAGGCUAUCCAAAAUCCAAAUCUCUGAAUCAUACAUCAUAGCAGGUCUCAUUACAAUCUUGUAAAGCUUCCUUUUCACUCUUACUGCUGUGCUUCUGUCACAUAUCACCCCUGACACUCAUCUACACCCACUCCACCCUGCCUGCACUCUCUUCUUCACCUUGCAGCUACUUCUUGUAGCUUCACCGUUACUCCCGUCUCCCUCUCAUUCACACACAUGUAUUCUGUCUUGACUUCUUUUCUCUUUGCUGCAUACCUCCACCCUUCCAGGCUCUCUUCCACCUGCUUCCUGCUCUCACCACAGAUCACGAUGCUGUCUGCAAAUGUCAUAGUCAGAGAAAAGGCUUCUGUCCGCCUCUCCAUCACCACUGCAAAUAAGAAGGGUCUCAGAGCCAAUCCUUGAUGUAAUCCCAACCCAACCUUGAACUACAGCUUAAAGACACACUCUGCAAACAUGACUGUCUCACUGUCCUUUUACAUAUAUUUCACUACCCUCACAUACAUGUCUGCUACUCAGAGAUAGUUGGUAGCACUCUCAAAAUGUCUGGUCACUAGGGAAAAAGUGAUUUCCCAACUGGUUGAGGAGCAGCUGCUGAUUGUUACUGGGUGAAACUGAUCAAAGAGGGUGCUGUUCCAAAAACCUCUGUGUGAUCACUUUGGUCACUGGCAGACUAGUUUGCAAGUGUCUGCAAACAAACACUCUUCCAUACAAACUAAAGGUGACUGUAGCCAUCUGCUUGCAGCCACAGAAAUCACAAUGAGGUUUUCAGUGCAGCACCGUAUGACCAGCUUCACCUAGCAACAGGAAGCAAGCUCCUGCAGCCAUGAGCUACCUGGACUGUUUUUAAGCCCUGCAUGGACACUCAUUAGCAAUCAGUUUCACAGUGACUGCCAGCAACCACAUGCAACCAGUCUGGGAAUACUUAUGUUUCUCCAGUGACUGGCGGCCAUCCCAUCGCCAGGCCUGUGUGACUGGUGCCUUAACAGAUCACUUAUCAGUUUGUGCAGUUCACUGUAGAACGACUGAAAUGGGUAAAAAAUAAAAGCCAAACUUAGGAAAUGGAACAGUUGUUUGAUGUUCUGCUAUUAAUUAAACCUCUACAUGUCAUUAAAUGUCUUAUCAGAAAAUUUAACACUUCAAAAAUAAAUCAAUGAAGAGAAAGACAAACUUAAUGUGGGAUAAAUAAUAUGUUUUGUGUGAAUUUCUUUCACUUAGAAUGAGAAGGAAAAGUUUACAAAAAGAACUUUUAUUGAUUAUGAACUGAAGCAAGUACAAGUUUUAUUAUUAUUAUUUUUUUACUGAGGUCAUAAUAUAAAGGAGCAGAAGGUAUUCUUCUCAAAAACAUCGAUACAGCCAGAAGUCCCUUUCGCAAACACAUGAGUAGCCCCCUAGUGAACAGUUAAUGAAUGUAUGUUUAAGAUUCUUGCUUGACUUUUCAGACCCAGAAACUAUGUCCAUCUUGUAUAUUGUCUUUUAUGUAUCUAAUCCACUAAGAUGGAAGUGGUGGAGUUUAAUACAGACACUGGAAGCUAGUCACCUAGAGGUGAUGUAGAUAUCUGUGGGGUUUUUUGCCUCUUAAUACAUUUCCUUAUUUACCCCGUGCAAAUCAGUCUACUGAGAACAAUAUGAGGAAACUGAUCUGACUUCUUGUUCUGUCAGCUCUAAUCUAAUCACAUAAACCCGGACAGAGAGGUAGGUGACUGUUGAUCCUAUGGUCACUGGAAUCCCACUUUGUAAGCUAAAACAUUUCAGUGCAGUCAGUGGUAGCUUAGCAAUGACAUGUGCUGCUUGUAAUAUGAACUUCAUCCAGCCCUGAAACAGCUGGAGAAGAGAGGCUGAUCUUAAAGGGAAAUUAAAAACAGUAACAGUG